AAACUCAUCUUGCAUGUUUCUCUGUGCUUCUAGUAUCAGUGGUAACAGUCAAUCUGUAGCUCUUUCCAAUCCAGUGGGUCCCAAUGGCAACCCAGUGGCAGACAGAAGCCUCUUCUGUCAGAAGAGAAACACUGAAAGCAACCAUCUGAGGAAGCAGCAGUGGCUCUGCCGCCUCGCCCUGUGCCACCCCAGCGGAUGAGGGGCGUCCCGGAGCUGCGAAAGGGGUAUCGAGGAUGGGCGGGAAGGUGCCACAGGGACUACUAAAGAUGCAGCAGAAGAAUCUGUAUCAGAUGAUGACAAAAGGAGGAACUAUGGCGGUGUGUAUGUUGGUCUGCCAUCGGAUGCGGCUGCCAUGGUUUCCGGUCAGACGAAAGCUGCACCAAAAGAAGGAAAUAAACACAUCAAGAUCCAAACAGCCGGAGCAAUUUUCUGCAAAGACCAGUUGCCAGUACUUUAGAGAGAGUUGUCUUUCUGCUGAAGAUUUUUAUAUUUACGUAGCCUUCCAGAGAGCAAGACAGAUCAGAGCACCAAAAAACCUAAACUGUUGCAAGUUCCAACUACGGGUAAAGCUUAAAGUACAACGUUGAAUCUGUUUGCUAUGAUGAUUGCGUUAUGGAAACCUCCUGCUGUUCUCCAGAGGAAAAUGAAAUUAAUGAACUCAUGGUGGAUGUUUCUGCACAAGAGCUAACUUUGAUGAUCUGCAAGUUAUUACUCUGUGGCCAUAUUGCAGAUUUCAUCAUCUAUCAGCUACGCUUCGUAUAUUUUCUCCAAAAAUUUUUAAUAGAUUUUGUAUAGGAAAUCAUGAUUACUGUCCACUUAAUAGUUCCUAUGGUAGAUUAUUAUAAAUUAAUUGUUAAUUUACUUCAGAGUAAUAUAUUUAACAGAUUUGCAUCUUUUUGGUAAUAUUGCAAAUUUUACUAUUUUUGCUGUGAAAACUUACUAGGAUGAAAUAGGCAAAAGACCAUUGGGCUGUUUAUAAUUACUAUCAUCACUUUUAUAUGUUGAAACAAAUACUAGCGUUUAAUUUUCACCUUUUAAAAAUACAUUGCUCAAGGAAAUUUGUUUAAAUAAGGACAGUGUAUCUCAUCGUAAUAUGUGUGUCUGUUUUCAUUUUCUUCAGCUUUAUCUCUUUUAUAAAGCAUUACAUGAAAAAAAAAUAUGAAUGAACUAUUAUGUUAUGUUUUCCAUUCUAUGUGUUAUUACAAUGGCAUUUUCUUGGGUAAGGGUGAAGUGAUGGUAUUGUCAGAGAUAGCUGGACUGAAAUCCAAUGUUGCGUCCUCUUGAGAUGUAGUGAGUUUGAUCACUAUUUCAGCUUUGUGUCUUCAACGUAUCUCCUAUCAUCUCAAGUAACAGAAUCGGUGUUAUUUCAGCAUAUUGAUAUAUGAAGUUAUGGGUAGGGGGGUUUAAAAUUCAUUACAUUUAUAACAUCUGGAGGUUUUUCACAAAACAGAAAUCAAGUGAGAUGGUACAUUUCCAUAUGGCUGAACAAGUAUUAUAGUUAUUAAAACUUUUUGCAUAAUUUGGUACUCAAACUUAUUAAAAAAGACACAAUGUUACACUCUUAAAAAGAAAUCCACACCACAUUCAUGAAAUCCCUGCCCAUUUCACCAAUAUCUAUUAAGAGCAAUAAGCAAUUAUUGACCAUGACUUCUUGCAGCUUCAGCUUUAAAACAAGCAGUAGUUUAGUUAGUGUGAAGUCUGUAAAGAGAAGUAUAUAAAAAUACUUCUUGCUUGCCACCUGUUAAGUGCUUGUGGCAAUACUUAUUUCUGUUCUCAAGAACUCUGCUGCUUUGCUUAUCAAUGCUUUCAAACUUCCAGGUCCUAAAGACAAAUAUACAGUUCAUACUUGACCCCUUCAACCUAGAACCAAGAUGAAAUAACUUGAAGAUUAAGAGUUGGUGUUAAAAUAUCUCAUUAUGAAUGAAUGAAUGUAAAUUGCGUCUGCAGACCCCUGUUCUUACAAGCCAAGCUGAUGAGAACUCAAAUAGUGUUGGGUAAUAAAUGUGCAGUUUUGCUUCCUGCCACCUUACCAUAGCUUAAGGAUAUAGUUUCCACAUCACAUGCUCCACAAACAAUCUAAAUGGCUUGAACAGCACAAGUUUAUUUAGCAGAGAACAGCAAGGUCCAUGUCUGAAUUAACCAUGAUUGCCUUUCCCAAAGGAAAGUAAACAACAAAGCAAACAAAAAAAUCCCCCGAAAAACCAAGAAGAAGCCAGUCAUCCUAGGAUACAUCAUAGUUCAGUUAGAAAAGCCAGUGAUAGACACCAGUAAUCUCUCCUUCCCUUGCUGGGAAGAAUCAUUGAAAAAAUGGACCAGGCUAUAUUCAAACAGCUCUUGUUCUGCUACUGACAUCUGAAUCCCCUUGUAUGGAUUGAGAACAAAAUAAAGCGGUCUUGAAGAAUAACUCCCAGGAGCUGAUGGUGGGACAGAUGAAGGAGUUGAAACUUGUUGGCAGUUGAAACUUUUUCUUGUUUUACGUCAUCACCUGAUUUUUCUUGUGCAAAGUUACAAAGAGCUGAGCAUGCUGCAGAAUUGCACUGAUAAUGAUUAAUCCUCUGAAUGUGUGGGAGGUAUGGUGGUUUCUUUCUUAAUGUUUUUGUUCCUCUGCAUCUUUUCACCACAAAAGCUUACCGUCAACUGACAUAUGUUUCAUUAUCAUCUACUACCGAAACCUCGGUAGUAGAUCUACAUUCAUAUAUGCCAUGCACGGCUGUUCUUGUCAAACUGGAGAGCUAAGGCCAUGGCCUUGCCUUAGAUUUGCAAACUCUUGUCUUUUGUUUUCCCAAGGACCCAGAGAUGUAGAAACAUUAUGACAGUGCACUGUAUUCUGUCUUGGCCAAAUUCCACUUAGGGAACUAAUUGUCCACUCAUAUAAAUUCCUCUUUGGUGAGCAGCAUUUCCUAAGCCUUUGUUAAUAAAAGCACAUGACAUUUCUUGGAGAAAUGAGCAUAGUCUUUCAAAACUUACAAUCUAUGGAUUUUUCUGUAAGGAGGAGGAACAUAAAAAAAACCCUAUAUGCCAGCUGACAGCUGCGUUUUUGAUGGCACCCUUGGAAGAUAUUUAGGCUCUCAUUGAUGGUUCAGUGUGAGAAUUACAAACAGAAAACAAGAAGCCAUUGAAUGGCAGAGUUGUUACUAUUAAGGAAUAUACUUUGGUUUUGUCAAAACUUCUUGAAUUAUCAUUUGUAAAGAAGGAACAUUUAAAUGCUGGGCUGUAAUGCUAUUUCAUGUUGUCACUCUCCAGCCAGUGCUGAGGAAGUAUCUUCGCACUCUGAAAGUAUUUUAGCAAAGAUGGUGGAUUCAGGCUUCAUAAUCCAAGAAUCUCCAAUUUGGGCUUCUUUCAGAGCCCAGAAAUGUUAUUCUGGAAGUCACAUAGCUCAGACAAUUGAAUCUUAAAAAACUCUAGGCCACCUAAGCAUAGGUUUGGAACUACAGUUUGCCAUUGCUGAAAAACAGCUCUGCUUUCUUCUCGGGUGCUAAUUUUUGUCUCGUUGCACAAACUGUUCCACCUAGAAGACAGCUGGCCCUUUGAAUUACACAAAUGGAACAGUUCAUUUAUUUUGCUUUCUUCUGACUGCAGAACCUGGAGCUUAGUUGUGAGGACUCAGCUUCUCAGUCUCUGGGUGGCCCAGGUAGAGAUACUGUCCAUCUUGUGUGUACCAUCCACACUGCAGUGCAGUUCAGAGGAUGCAACAUAGCUCUGAACUUCUGUGUUGCUCAAGCAUUAAGUCCAUCACUAAGAAGGUUGUGGACACCCUGGUAAAGCCCACUAUAAAAUGUGAUAUAGAGGACAUUGUUCACUAGGGGCAAAGUCCUCUCAUAGUGGAGGCCACAUGGGGCUGAAACUGCAGAACAUAAAGGGGGAGUUUGUUACUACUGAACGCAAGCACAAAGCACUGAUUUACUUGAUUUCAUCCUACAUCUCUAGCAAAGGAAUCUGCUGUAUCUGAGUAUGGUUGAAAUGGCAUCAGUUUUUUUAGUAACGCACUGGCAUAUUGUUCUCUGUCACCCACAUGAGUCUAGUGAUUCUCAAUAAUCAUGCUUCCCAAGCAGUCGGUGAGUCACUAUUAAUGUGUUUUCUGCAAAGAAGACCUCUGUUUGGUUCCCAUGGUGAUCAGAAGUGACGAUUAUUACAGACUGCUACUACAGUUCCUCUAGUGCAUGUACCCAUUAAAGAAGCUCUUAUCUGGUUAUAGUUCCUUGGAGUUUUGCAGUACAUUGUCAUCAUUUCCUAUUGACAGUAAUUUGAACACUUGAAGUGAAUUGGCUUUGUAGAGAACUUGCUGGAGGAGGGUGAUUUGUGGAAUAUUUUUGUUUUGCAAUGGAUUUAUAAACAGACCAAGAAAAUAACUGUUCUGUAAACUUUCCACAAAGCAAAGGUGUACCAGUAUUGCAGGAAACCUUUUGAGACUGGGCUAAAUGCUUCAACCCAUUUUAACAACAAACUUUCACAGAACUUAAAGUAAUCAUAGUGAGAGCAAUUUUGUUUUACCCAAUCUAGCAAUUUUUGCUGUAAUGUUUGAUUCAAACAUAGGAGUAUUUACCAGACAGCAGAAACCUGCUUCUGAGUGCUUAGAAUGGCUACCACCCAUGCUGUAGGAAUCAAAUACCUAUAGGUGAAGAUAGGACACUGCUGGUGAAACAGAUCUUUCCAGGAAGUAGUGAAGCUUCUUAAACUAAGACUCAUGAGCUUAAGCCUGCUGAGAAAAGAAUAAGAAAGAUAACAUGGGACGGAACCUGGAUGAAAUGGACUUAGAGUACCAGAAAGGAGGAAAUGUGUGGAAGAAAGAGGAUCAUAUUGUGAUUAUGCUGUAAAGACAGAUUGAGAAGGAAGCCAGUAACUUAAAAUUAUGUAAAAUAAAGGAAAUAGUUUAAUUAAGUA